UUAAUCUGUUUCCACUUCCAAAAACUCUUUCGGUCUUCUUCUCACUCAUGCGCGAAAUAACAACUUGCUGAAUCAAAUGUACUUUAUCACAAACCACCUUCUUCCCUAGCCUUUAUAUUCCUCAAAGCUUUUUCUUGUCACUGCGAAAACCCUCGUCACCAAAACCCUAGCGUUCCCGAAUCUCGGUUCUUCGUUCCUCCGUCGCGAUUCCACGUCAUCGACGCGGUAAGUGGUGCGUGUUUGGAGAGUUCUGCUUGUUUGAAACUGUGGUGGGUUCCUCCGAAAUUGGAUAAUAUUGAUGGAAAAAUUGAAACGAAGCGUAUCGUGCAUGGUGGUGCCGUUCCGGGUUGUGCAAUGUUGAUGAUUGGAACAAAAAAGGAAAUAAAUCAGUUUUGUGUGUUUAUAGAAAACGGGGAUCCUCUAUUGAGUGUCAAAAAUAUUGAAGAUUGUGUUUUUGAUGUUGCUUUGAUUGCAAGUGUUAGUGGAACAUCAGUUUUGCGACUGAUAGAUGUAUAAUCAAGUGAAUCGCGGUGGUCAUCAUUUCCCUCCUGUGCCGGUGCCGCCGCCAGGUUAUCAGCAGGCUCCCCCUCAUUUCCAGCAAUUUGUGCCACCUAACAUUGGUGGUCCACCACCUCCUCAAGCCUAUUUACAUGGACCUCCCACCAGUUCUUCCACAGUUCCUGUGAAUCUUCCCAUUCAAGUACCACCUAGUGUGAUGCAAAAUGCAGGACAAUCAUAUGCCAUCCCUUCUCAAUUGCACCCUGGGAACACCAUGGUGCCGCAACUGGUCUCUAGCCUUGGACGGAGUUCACAGUAUUCUUCAAAUUUAGGGGUCCAGGGUCAUCAUAUUCCACCCCAGGUACCUCCUCCUCCUCUUGGCCACUCUCACCAGGAAACAUCUUGGGCUCCACGGCCACCAGCUAGAGUAUUGCCACCUCCUCCACCCCCUCCUCCAUCUUCUUCCCAAGGACAAAUUUUAUAUAAUCCUCCUUUCCAUCCACCACCUCCUCCUCCACGGCCCGAUGAUGCGCAGAAUCUGCAGCGGAGCCAUAAUACUCCUCCUCCCCUGCCACCCCCUUCUGGAAUGUAUCAACAUUCAACUGUUGCGAAUUACCAACUGCCGUCCAUUACUCCCCCACCGCUGCCAUCCUCGCCACCACCUGUUCCACCAUCUCCACCACCUCCUAUCCCUCCUAUGACUUCUGCAUCCUCCCAUAAUGUUUCUGGCUUUGAAUUGAAGGCUGUGGAUACAGUUGAUGGGAUUGUAGCUUCCUAUCCAUCUGGUAUUGCGCCUGUACACAAUUCUGAUCCCAAUCAGGACAGUGGAAGUUGUAGAGAAGUUGCUGUUGCUUAUAGAGAUGAGCUACUGUCAACUAGAAGUAUGACUUUGGAUCUUCCCCCACCUCCGCCCCGACCAACAGAAGAAAAGAAUGUGCAGAAGAUUGAAGCUUUAUGUCAGCUUAUUGCUGAGAAUGGUGCUGAUAUUGAAGACAAGAUUCGGCAAGAUGAAUUUCAGAAUCCUGAAUAUGCAUUUUUGUUUGGUGGUGACCCAGGAACUGAAGCGGCAAUCUCUAAUGCAUAUUUCCUUUGGAUGAAGAAGAAAUGUAAUUUGGAACCUAGAUGGCAUGGAAAGAAUAGUGAAUCGCAGUUAACACCUCUAGUGGUAGACUCUUCAGGGAAACAGUUUAAUCUGCAUGUGGCAACUGGAAGUGCUGAUUCUGACAUGGAGAUGGAAGAUGAUAUCACACUUUCUGACAAGGACCAGGGGUCAAAUUAUGCGAUCGAAGCCCUUACUCAGCAGCAUGAUCGCGUUGAGGUGUUCAAUGUGAAUGAAAAUUCCACAGAAAAUGACCAUGCCGAGGGCAUCUUAUCCUGUGGUGCAUCAUGCUUUGGAUCCGUGGGAGGCAGCAAACAAAAUGAAGGACCAGGGCUUUUAUCUGAUUUGGAGCUCAUGCAAUCUGCAAGAUCAGUUACCAACGUCCGUAGUCCUGUAAAUGGCUCAACUGAAGUGGCUGAAUUCCCCCUGGGCACUGUUUUGGAGAGAUCUGCAGCUUCUCCAGAUGAUGAUUCCACACAAAAUGGUACUUCUGAUCAUAAUGAAGCCACUAAUCCCAGUAGAGAUUCUGGGCAUCUUAUAAGGAGUGGCAGUCCAAUAAGACUUCUUCAAGAUUAUGCUUCUGAUGACACUUCUGAUAAUGAAGAUGAAGGCUGUGCUGCAGAUGCUAUUGUUUUGACACUCUCAGCAGGAGUUGUCACUGGUGUUUCAGCUGCCCAUAAAGAUUCUGGGAGUUAUUUGGAGACAGAUAUUGGAUCUAAGAGUCCCUCCAGUGCUCAAAAGGGGUUUGUGCUGCUCAGCAAAACAUCGCAGAAUGAUUCAGAAGUAUCUCCACAUUUAGUAAAUGAGUCUAAGGGACCCCGUAAAAGAUCUGUCUCACGUUGGAGCAGUGAUGGAUGUAUUGAGCAUAACCUUGAAAAUCAGUUGUCUGUUAAUGUUGCUUCUUCGCUUGAAGCUUUCCAGGGAAAAGAUGGGUUAGGUGGUACUGGCAUUGACAAUGUAAGUAAGAGUGGUAAUGCUGAACAGGAAAAUGAGAGGAAAACCUCAAAGUUUGAACCAAAUGUUCUGAAAGUAGAUGAAUUUGGAAGACAUCCCAGAGAAGGUCCUACAGACAGUGACUCUGAUGAUUCUCGCUAUCGUCAGACUAGGAGGCUUAACAAAAGAGAUAGAAGCUGGAGCCGCAGCCGAUCUCCUCUAGACAGGAGUAGGAGGAGGAGGAGGAGGAGUCCCCAAAGGAGAAAGGAUAAAAGGAGCCGGUCUCGCAGCCGGUCCCCUCGGCAUCGUAGAAGCAGGAGUAGAUCUCCAAUCUCAAGACGAUCAGGUGACUAUGGUGGUGAGAAUGUGAAAAGGGACAAGGGUCAGUGCUUCGACUUCCUUCGAGGAAAGUGCUAUCGCGGAGCAUCCUGUAGGUACGUUCACCAUGAAUCUGACAAGAAUACUACUUCAAGGCGGUAUAGGAAUAAACAUGAUCUGGAAGUUUAUUCUCAUGCAAAAAAUUCUAGGAUUAAUGAAGGCAUGAAGAAUAUUUCUUCUGAAGUGUCAGAUUAUGAGCAUGAUGGAGUCAGAAGUCAGGAUGUGGAUCUUAGGCAGAAUGUAAUUGGCCAGGAAGUAGUGCAGAGAAAUGAAGAUUCUGGGAGGCUUACUGUUGUGUCUAAUCCCUUUGGUCUUGAUGGUCAAUCGGUUAUUAGUGAUCCAAUUAAAUCUGAGGGUUUCAGAGAGGUUGCUCCUGAAGUGCAGGAAAUCUUAGUAGUCAGAGAGGAGCCUAAGCCUUUAAUCAAUGAAAAUGAUAGGUUUCAGAAUGAUGUGGAUUCUCAUCAGCAACGCUUGGAUGAUGGCGUUCACCCUAAAGUUUUAAGUGGUGAUGAUGCUUUUAAACCGUCUGAUGGUAAAGAUAUCAUUUACUCAGAAACUGCUUCGUUUGUCCAGCAAAUACAGUCCAAUGUUUCUGUUGGAGUUUCAGAACAUUCUUCUGGUUACCCAUCUCAGCUUAUAAAUGCAUCCUUCGUUAGUGAUUCAUCACCUGAUAAAAGAUCAAUGAUUUCUGCUAGUGCUAGUAAGGUUUCUGGUUGUGAACCUUUACCAUAUAUGUUACCAUCAACUCAGCUACAGUCAGCCACGUGUUCUGUUGGUCAAUGUCUUUCAUCAGAGCAGCCUUCAUUGCACUCUCAGGAUUCUAAAGAUUUACCUCCACAUAGUGGUUCCUUAGUGGAAUUACCGCAUAAGACUUACCAGUUGCCUGGUCCUCCUGUUGUUUCACAUUCCCAGGGUGAAAAUACUGUGCAUAUGCCACAAAUGUUAAGGCAUUAUGGUGUGAUGCAACAAAAUGCAUUUUUUCCUUUUCAGUCCACUACCAGAGAAAAAUUUGAACCUUACACAGCUCCAUUACACACACAAAGUUCUCACUUUAGUGUACCACCUAAUAGCUCUUGGACAUCCUUGCCGCCUCCACCACCGCCGCCGCCACUAUCACGAGCAGUGUAUAGUACCAGUUUGAAUUCGGGAGUUGCAAAUUCAUAUAUUUCUUCAGAAUUUAAUCAGAGUCAAUUGCAUUCAAGAACUGAGUUUGUUUCUCAGACUUCCAUUAAGCCUGAGUUACCGACUCAUUCUCAGAGUUCUGAGUUUCAGGAUCAAGCAUACCCUCCAAUGCAGGAUCAUUCACGAACUUUCAUGCUUACAGAAGCUUUCUCUCCGAAGCAUCCCCCUCAGGGGAACCCAGCAAGUCAAUCACUUUCAGGCCCUAAUCUCAGUAGAGAAGACUGUUAUAAUCAGCUUUCAAUGCAGGAUUCAAAAUUUUCAAGCUCCUCAUCUAUUGGCGGCCUGCAUCCUCAACCAAAGCAAUUUUCAUGGGAGUCAGAUUUGAACAGACUACAGCCUUCUUUGGGUGGCAAGUUGCCUCCUGAAGGUCAUUUUAAGACAUCUUCCCACCUUCAUCAAUUAUCACAGAAGCAGCAAUCAAUUUAUAAUUUUCAAUAUUCUACAUCUGAGGAUAAUUUGGGUCUUCCUGGGAAGACUGUAUCCAGAUAUCCACCAGACGUUCUGGAUAGCAAUCAUUCAACAUCUCUUCAGCCUUUUGGGGGAUCAAGAAUUUCUGCUCAUUAUAAUCCUUAUGCAUCAACCUUCGAGCAGCCACUAAGUUCCAAAUUCAGUUCAAGUAUGUUUAGACAAGAAAAUGACCUAAUUCAUGGUAAGAAUUAUGAUUCGCCUAGAUUGAACCAUACUCAUAUUAACAGGGAAGGUGUUGGUGUUGUUGGAUCAAGACAGUCAGCAUCCUCACCAAAAUCAGCUAGAGCUGUUGGUCAGAUUUUACCUCGGUCUGGUGGUGACCAAUAUGAUCCACUUUUUGACAGCAUUGAACCAUCUUCCUCUUCUCUCAAGAAAAUUAAUUAUGAUCAGAAGCAGGAAGCUACAGGUGAAUCUAACAUCAGCCUAAGACCCAAAAAUUCGUAUAUGUCUUUGGAUGAGGAAGAGAAAAACGAGCAUCAGGAGGUUGGUGCUGUUGCCUCUACCACUUCUCAAAAUGAUGAUGAUGAAUAUGGUGAGACAGCAGAUGCAGAAGUGGGUGCUGUUGAAAAUGAGAGCCUAAGCAAUCAUGUGGAUGUUGCAAACAUGACUACAGAGGAAGUUGAGAUUAAUCAGAUCAAGUCUCCAGGGAAAAGAAAGAAGAGCAAGGAUUCCAGAUCGAUGAAAUUGUUCAAAGUUUCCAUUGCCAAUUUUGUGAAGGAGGUUUUGAAACCAUCGUGGAGGCAGGGAAAUAUGAGUAAGGUAGCUUUCAAAACCAUUGUGAAAAAGACUGUAGAUAAGGUGUCAGGAGCCAUGAAAGGCCACCGUAUGCCCAAGUCUCAAGCGAAGAUAAGUCAAUACAUUGACUCGUCACAGCGAAAGUUGACUAAGCUUGUGAUGGGUUAUGUUGACAAGUAUGUCAAGGUGUGAAGGUUGAAAGUGAAUUAUGCCAAUGUUUCUUCAACAUUCAAUGUCAAUAGGUGCGGCAGUUCAACGGGAAAUAUCGGUCCUUCUCUGGAGUUGUCGCCACUCAAUUAAAGACGUACCAGAUGAUAUGUGUAGUUGAUCAACAUUCCAGUUCCUGAGGAAUUCUUGGUCAACCGCAAAUAUGUAUGUAUUGUAUUUUUUUUUCCUUGUGAUUAUUGUGAUUUUCUUUUAUUCUGUAGUUUCCAUUCCGUGUUAUAUAGUAUUUCGAAGAGGUUAGUCCAUAAAUAUUGUCGAUUUGGAAUUUUAUU